AUGACGUUCAGUAAUAUACGAUAUUUCUUAAUUUUCGUCAUAUUUGUUUAUGCCUUUACGGUAAUUCGAGCACAUAAAAAUACUGAAAAUAUUAGAUUGGUUUUCAAUGAUACUGGCAUAGGCAUUUUGUUUUACUGCGAGGAAGGAAUACCGCUAUUGUUAGCUAAUGAUACGGUAAAGAAAUGUCUACCGGAUGAAAAUUCGGACAGCAGUAUGUUAUGUCCGGAAAAAUUUUGGUGUCAUGUUGGUGCAACAGAAAAUUCAUGGUAUUGUUGUCCAAAAAACAGAAAAGUCAAAGAACGUUGCUAUUUGGCACCAGCAAAUGGUCAUGGAAGUGGACAAAUUCGGCGAUUUUGGUACGAUUGGAAAAGUUCCACAUGUAAACUGUUGACAUAUGCCGGAUAUGGUGGAAAUGAGAAUAAUUUCCUAACAAAAACAGAUUGUGAAAAAGCGUGUUUGGGUAAACAGCCAUCCAAAUCACUGUUAACUUAUAGUUCACUUUCAAAUAAGCUUGAUACUGAUAGUCAAAAGCAUUCGGUAAAUGAGCAACAAAGUGUGAUUCCAAAUGUUGACCUGAAUCCUUGUGAGUUAAGUCCAGACCGAGGGACAAGCAUCGUUGGCAUUUCAUCAUCAUAUCGUUGGUAUUUUGAUAUUGCCGCUGAUCGUUGUAUUCGAUUCAAUUAUUUGGGUUCAGAAGGCAAUGCUAACAAUUUUAAAACAGAUCAUUUAUGUUUGGACACCUGUGGCAUUGGCGACACAAAUGAUGUCAAUAUUUGUUUACUUCCUAAUGCACCGGGCAAUGGUCCCUAUAAAAUUCCACGGUUUUAUUAUGACGCAAGAAAUAAUGCUUGUAAACAAUUUGUUUAUACCGGAUUUGGUGGAAAUAACAAUCGCUUUGCCAAACAUGAACAGUGCUCCAAAAAAUGCUUAAAUUCCGGAUCACUUGCAACUACGAUAGCAAUUGUCCCAUCACCAAUUGUCACCACUCAAAUUGCGGCAACAGAAAUGUUUACACUCCCAACUGAUUUACCAUUUAAUUUUGAAAAGCUUAAGCCACUAGAAGUUUUGACGACAAUUCUACCAGAACAUUCGAUUUUUGUUGAAAGACUAAAAGGUCUUUCAUCAUCGAAAAUUGCCAACUCACCAAAUACCUUAUCAUCAAGUAAUGGAAAGCCUAAUACUGAAAAUGCUAUGCCUACAAUAUCAUACUGGAAUUUAUCAACUUCCAUAAAAACUGAUGCUAAAUAUACAUAUUUUCAAAUGACACGAAAUGAUGAAAUGAAUUUGAAUCCAUCAAAUCAAGGAGUUAAUGAAAUCAUCGAUGUUAUCAAUAAAGCAAUCACCGAUCCAUGCCUUCAAUCAUUGCCAACCGGAUUUCAAUUGCAAUACUGUUCUCCGACAGAUUCAUUUUUGUGUCCCCGCGGUACCUUUUGUCAAAUUGGUGUUGGACCGCAAGAAACAUUCUGUUGUCCCAUAAUUGCUGAUAGUCCGUGCAAACAAAGGCAGGAAUCCGGAAUUGGUCUUACCGGACUGGGUCGUUGGUACUACGAUGCUAACGAUAAUCACUGCAAAACGUUUAUUUUUAACGGUUUCAAGGGAAACCAAAAUAAUUUUUUGACAUUUCGAGCAUGUCAACAAAGUUGUGGCGCUAUAAAUCCAUGUGAAAAUGGAGAACCACAAAUGCAAACAAAUGCAAAGGAACAAUGUUCGCCAGAAAAUAUUUAUUCAUGUCCACAAGGAUAUUAUUGCCGAAUUUUGGACGAUUUAACAAAAACUGUUUGUUGUCCGGGAACCGAUCAAGUUAUGCUCGGUCACCGCAGAACUGUAAUUUUAAAUCCUACCGGAAAUGUCAAUUCCGGUUCCGGCAGCACCUAUAAUUUGAAGAGUGGCAAUUCGUUCACAGAUAUUGACUAUGCUAAGAGAACUGUUGAUUCGAUUAACAAUGCUAAUAUAGCUGUUGGUAAUAUCCCACCUGUUGAACUCGUCAGUUAUGUUGAUAGUAAACCUAUCACUUCGAAUCAAUAUCUCCAUUCUACGAUGGCUACUGGAAUUAAUCCGAAUUUUGGUAAUGUUUCAUUACCAAAUAUUUUUAUCGGUCAAGUUGGUUCCGGAGUUGAAACAUCUGAUUUCAAUAGAGCAAGAGCUUUUGUUAACUCCGCUUCUGCUAUUCCAAAAAAUGCUCUGAUACCUGAAUCAUCGAUUGGUUCUGGCGUUCCAAUACUUCCCGGUUAUAAUCCGGUUAAUACUGGUAUCUCAGUUGACCCAUUAGCUGGAAUUUCAUAUGGAAAUGCUAGAAUUUCAAGCGAAUUCAUUGGUGGAACGGAAAAUUUGAUGACAAAUGCGGCGAUCAGAACUAUUCAAGGAAUUCGUUGCUUGGAACCGCUAGCAUCUGGAACUGGUACGCACAGUUUAUCACGAUAUUAUUUUGAUGCAGAUGCAUCACUCUGCCGACCAUUCAUAUAUUCAGGAAUUGGUGGUAAUGAUAAUUGCUUUGAAACGGUUCAGGAAUGUCGGAUGGCUUGUCCCGAAUAUGAUAAUCCUUGUCCAGUUGGAUUGCCAUAUAUCGAUGAAAAUGAUGGAAAUGUUGCAUUUUGUUCAUCUGCUAAUCCCCUAUGUCCUUCUAAUUAUUGGUGUCACAUAGGCGAUCGACGACAAACAUCAGUUUGUUGUCCGUCUUUGGCAAAUAUGAAUGCAUUACCAAUUGCAAACCCAUUAAGACCGCUAAGAAGUUUAUCGACAGAUAUUAUGCGAAGUUUUAAUGGCCCAGCCCUGGAUAUGCAAAUUGACUCGACAGAACACAAUGAUGUGCCAGGAAAGAUACCGUUAGCAUGCUUUCAACCUUUGCUAGAGGGAAGAG